GGGAGUUGAAAGUUUGAAGAAAGAUGAGUGAAACGAUUCCUCCUGUUCUUCCGUUGGAGUUGGUAGACAAGUGUAUUGGUUCCCAAAUAUGGGUUCUUAUGAAAACGGACAAGGAGUUUACCGGUAUUUUAAGAGGAUUCGAUCAGUUUGUGAAUAUGGUAUUGGAAGAUGUUUCAGAGUAUGAGUGGACCUCUGAAGGGCUGAUAAGAACGCACUUGGAUCAGAUACUUCUCAAUGGAAAUAAUAUAUGCGUGUUGAUUCCUGGUGGUGCAGGUCCCAACGAAACUUUGUAACUGUUGACUUAAAGAGUCGUGUUGGAAAGAACUUGGCACUUUAACAGAAAGUAGUGUUUUCUUGUGUCAUCUCAAAGAAUAAGACAAUACUCAUUCCAACUAGACUCUUCUCUCUCUCUCUCUCUCUCUAUCUCUAUAUAUAUAUAUAUAAUAUAAUAUAUAAAAGAGAUCAAAUUCUC